CUGGAGCCUCAGCUCUCACAGCUGUUGUCGGAGGAUGUUCAAACUAACCUGAAAAAGUCCCUUUAAGACAAGUGCUGGAUUUCCUUUGACAACCAAAAUGAAAAACACAACAGGGACAGAUUUCUGAAAUCACACAAGUUGCCUUGUUUGCAAACAAAAUUCAUUGUGACUCCAUGGAGCAGGCUUAUAUAGAAUCUUUUGUUUUUCUCCUGGUGUGCUGUGUUGUGGCUAUUUAACUGUAGUUUUGAAGUGUUUUUGGAACAUUAAUAGUGACCUGUGUCCAUCUCCGUCCUUAGCAUUUGGAUGGUUUUAUCGAUAUGAGGGGAAACUGCUGUCAAGCAAGGUAGAGUCUACUCACUGAGUUCUGUGUGGUGUUUAUUGUAUUAACGGGUCAUUAUCAUGACGGUGUGGCAGUUUGGAUGUUUUAAUCUUGAGUUUUGCUGUGAUUUGAACAUUGGUACAUAGUUUGGUGUCACUAGCUAGAUGUGCAUGUCAUGCUGUGGGGUGUGAAGCAGAUUGGGCCCGCCCCCUGCACUUUUAUGACUAACUGAUAACACCUCAGAAAGGAGAAAAGAAGAAGAAAAAGAAGAAAGUGUCCAACACAGACACACUGCAGGAGCUUCGGAAAAACAAGAAGGAGAUGGAGUUUGAGUUGAAACUUGCCAAGGAGAAGGAGGAGAUGUAUGAACGAGAGAAGCAGCUGAAGAUCAAUCGGCUGGUCCAGGAGGUUUCCGAGACUGAGAGAGAAGACCUGGAGGAGUCGGAGAAGGUGCAGCACUGGGUGGAGCGUCUUUGUCAGACUAGGAUGGAGCAGAUUUCGUGUGUGGAGAACGAAUCCCCAGAGCUCUCCCCGCCACGCUCUCCUGCCUCUGAACCGAGGGUGAAGCGUUUCCCUGGCGGCCUCCACCUCGCCACCACUGAUCUUGAUGACAUCAACCUGGACGAGGUAGAUCAGAGCCUGAGGGGCCCUCUUAAGAGACUUGCCCCCACCCAGCCCAGUACCAGCCAGCCUCCCCCUCCCCUACCUCUCCCUCCACCCUCACCCAAACUGAACCCCACCAUACCCAGCUACUCCCCUCCUUCCUCUCGGGCAGCGCCACAGCAACGACCUCCUUCUCCCCGUGCUGCUGGAAGACCUCCUUCUGCCCCCUCCAACUUGAACAACAAGGGACGCAGGCCUCACCCUCACCAUCACCCACAGCCCCACCCUCACCAUCACCCACAGCCCCACUCUCACCCACAGCCCCACCCUCACCAUCACCCACAGCCCCACUCUCACCCACAGCCCCACCCUCACCAUCACCCACAGCCCCACCCUCAUGCUUCCAAACCUCCUCGCUCACCGUCAUCUCAUCUUCCUCCUCCACCUCAGUCUUCUUGGCCUCCAUCAUCUCCUCAGCCUGCUCCUCGCCCACCUCCUCCCCCACCCCCUCCUCCUCCACCACCUCCUCCUCCCCCGCCUCCACCACCCCCACAACACUCAGAGGAACGAGUGGGAACCCUCAGCGGGUUUCGACAGCAUCAUCACUUUCAACACCCUCCCAGUCCUCCAGAGCGCAGGAGUGAGUGGGAGGCGGGUGGAUACCUCCCAAGAGGAGGGAUUUACUCAUCCAACACCAGUGAAAUGUCCUACCCAUCCAGCCCAAAGGUUUUGAGAAAUACUUCCCAUGCCAGCCGAAUUUCAAGUGCAAGCACUCCCUUGCAACUAGCUCCUAGUCCCCCCAACCAGAGGCGUCAGACCCCCGUCAUGUCCAAACCCGUCAUGCUGCCCCAGUCCCAGACCCACCGCCCAGAUCCACACAGAACUGCACUUCGCUCUGACGGCCUGCCUCCAGAAAUGUUGAAACGGAUGGUGCCUUUCAACUCGUCUUUUAAAUCAAACACCAAACGACAAGUAAUCCAUAGCUAUCACCCCCCUCUUAAUUACUACUCCUGAGUGCCUUUUCUCCGGGUUCUCUCUUCUCCUUUCUUGCUUACACAUUACGUUUCCUCCUGUUGACUGGAGCCUGAGUGAUGGCUCUUCUUUUGUUUUUUUUCAUCAUGUCCUCUCUCUGGUGGCUUCAUCACUGCUUUAAGGUCCAGAUGUGAAUCCUAUGCGUGACUGCAUUUGUAUUGAUUUUUAACAAACAACAGCACUGUGAACAUGUGGUGAGGGAAUGCAUAUCACAGAGUUGUGGUCUCAGUGUUAUUAUGUUGGUUUUAAUGUUUACUGGAAACAGAUGUUGUUUGUUUAUUUACACUUAAUGAUGUGAUUAUUUCUGCGUUAGCUGCACUUUGAUUAGGAAAAGAGACCAUUACUCUCAUUUGAUUUAUUGUUUCCAUUUCACAAAAUGCCAGGGUACAUUUUAUUGUUUGGCUUUCUGUGCAGAACCAACAAUACGUGUGACUUCAUGUAUCAUGUCAAAUGUUGAGUGUUUGCUCAACAACAUGAUAUGAACACUUAUCUGUGUGUGUUUAUUUAAAUGUCAUCCUCGCUAGAUAAAUGUGAUGUCCUUUUGGGAUUCUUUGUUUUGUUUCCCCUGAGAUUAAAUACCUGGGUGUGUGAUCCUGUUUAUUUUUUGUCCUAACUGAAUUAAAAUGGGAGGAUUAAAAUCCACUGUGCUUUCA